AUGCCUCAACAAAACAACCAUCGUCCUCCAAAAACCGGUCCAGUUGCUCCAACUCCAACGAGUCCUCGUCCAGGAGCUCCACCUCCAGAUACUCCUUCUCCAGAUGCUACUUCUCCUGUUACUCCAUCAAAUGCGGAUCCCCUAGCAAGGAUUCGGAAUUCGACGAUGAAGAGUCCCAGAGGCUCCAGUUCAUCUAUGGCUUCAGAUCAUUUGGAACAACAAGCAGACGAACUACCGAACAUCAUCAUCUCUGAAGAACCAACUUCUAAGAAGCCAAGGAAAUCUAUUCUCAAAAAAUUCGAUGAUGGUGUGGAAUAUGAUAUUCCAGGAACUUCUUCUCGAAGACGUCUUUAUGUUGAUGUCCCUAAUGGUGCAAAUGUUCCAUCUGACAGUACCAACAAACGAAAGAUGGAGAUCAUCGUUCAAUCAUGUGUGCAAAGCUUCUGUCCAAAGGGAGCGACAGGAAAGGCAAUCACAGAACUCGCUGCCGUUCGGACACUCACCAGAGACGUCGUCAUUGUAUCCAUCGGAAAGUAUGCGAUGGAAAUGGCUGAGGGAGCAAUUGAAAACUUGGGAAUGUUCAAUAUUUUGAAAACUUUUGUCUUUGCGGGACCCAACGCAGAGAAGAGUAUGAAGAGGUGCGAGUUCUUCAAUGCUCCGAAGAAAUUCGAGACUUCCUGCUUUGCGAAGAAAUAUGUCAAUCCGACGGAUAGAGUUAUUGAGGAGCUCCAAAAAUAUGAUGAACGAUACCACGAGGAGUACGAUGAUACCGGCGAUAUUAUAAAAGUGUAUCCCAAAUUCAUUUUCUUGAUUUCUCAAGGCGGCGAAGAUUAUUUCUUCUCUUCGAGAGAGCCCGUGAUGGAAGGAGAAAAGAGAUUGCCGUUGGAGGAGAAAGUGAAAAUCGUCAGCAAAUUCAAAGACUAUAAUGCCACCAAGGAGCAGUUGACAGUCGUUCGGAAGAUUCUGUCAAGAGUCAAGGCAGGAGGAAUCAUCAAUUAUAUAAAGAAUGGAUAUUGCCACGGGUUCUACAUGCCCGAGUCCUUGGACGACGAGAUGGCUGACAUCUCGGGCGGUCCAACAAUCUACCCAGAAUAUGAAGACGAGAAAUAUGCAGUGAAGAAGAUAAUGGAAAACCUCGGAAUGGAAGAUUCAUUGUUCAACGAAUUCCAGUGGAGUCAGCUGGAAACUCCCAAUGAUUAUUAUAACAGACCAGGAUUGUAUCGAAACCAGAACAAGAUGAUUGUUUCUGUCCCUCUACUGUUUGAGUCAAUACGCGAAAAGCUCUUUCACUAUGACACCUCCACUCCAUUUGGUUAUAAGAGAGGAAAAACCAAAAAUAUUGGAAGACUAUUCACGGAGAUGUUGUGCUCCCAACACUUGGGAGACACUGCGUUGACAAGAAAUGCCACUUGUCCACUCCCCACAACGUUUCCAAUGGCUCUGAUAUCUGGUGGAGAAUUUGGGCCAAUGGAUGCGGAGAGUGGAGGAGAAGACUUCAAAUCAACUACUCCGGUUCAAGAGUUAAUGUUGGAUUGUUUGAUGGCAUUCGAGGGGAAGGAACCAGCUUAUGAAUUCACAUUAACAUGUGUGGACACUAGCGGAGACGAUGGAACAAGCUCAUUGUCUGGCAUCGUCAUCUCAAAUAAAGAUGUGAAGAAGAUGAAGUAUUUGAAGAAGAAAGGAAGAGAGAUCUCCUACAGUGACCCCAGUGAAUUCUGGUGGCUAUUCGGCAAAGAAGAAAAUAAGAUAGGGUUUAAGGGUGCCGUUGAUAUGGGGACGAUUUUUAUAGUGACUCUGGAGAAGUCAUUUGAAGAGGAGAGGAAGAGAUUCGAGGAGAUGAAUAAGAUGUCGGAGAGGGAGAAGAUCGACGCGGAGGAGAAGAGGAAACUGGAUGAAAUGCUGGAAGAGGCAAGGAGAAAGACACUGUUAACGGCUGUGAUGAAUAGUAAGGAGAGGAAGUUGGAGAGGCAGAUGAAGAGGUUGAGAGAAGAACAAAUGGAAAUGAAAGAAGUUGAGAAGAAGAAGAAGAGGAAGCGGAAUGACGAAGAUCGUGAGCGACAAGUGGAGGAUGAAGGUUUCCAUGGUGGUGAUAAGGGUGAAGAGCAAAAUGAAGGAGAUCAAGAUCAUGAAGAAGAAGACGCCUCGAAUGCAGACAAUGAAGAUAAAGGCGGCGCGUCGAAUGAGUCGCCCACAACUGAGAUGGACGAGUUACUCCAUGGAGAUGGAACCGUCUGGCAUGGAGAAUCAAGACAUGAUCCGAGAAGAAUAACGGAAUCAAAGAUAUGUCUGAAAUGUGGAAAAGAGAAGGAAUCAAUCUGGAGAUGGGUUUCGACUGCGAGAAAGUGGGCAUGUAACAAUUGUGGACAGAAACUUCUAUAUAAUCUUCCGAAGAAGGAUCGAAGGGGUAAAGAGAAGGAAGGUAAUCGUCAACAUCGAAGGGAUGAAGGUAAUGAUAAUGAAGAAGAGAAAGAAGAAGAAGAAGAAGAAGAAGAGGACAAAACUGAGCCAGAAGAUCGUGAGCAACACAUGAAUGGGGAUGGUUCCCACGAUGGUGAUAAUAAUGAAGAACACGGAAAUGUUGAAGAUGAAGAAGAUGACGCCUCGAAUCAAGAAAAAGAGCUACUCCGUAAUGAUGAUUAUGAAGAAGAAGAGAAAGAAGAAGAAGGAGAAGAAGACGACCCAGCUGAAAUGGACAAGUUACUUCGUGGAGAUGGGACUGUCUGGAAUGGAGAAUCAAGACAAGAUCCAAGGAGAAAAAUAAAGCCAAGAAUAUGUCUUAAUUGUGGACAAGAUAAGGACAAAUUCUGGAGAUGGGUUCCGACUGCGAGAAAAUGGGCAUGUGAUCCCUGUGGUAGAUUCAUCGAGAAGUAUCUGAAAAAAAAUCGUCAUGCCACAUCUCACUCAUCAUAG